AUGUGAGUGGUGUUGUUGCCAACUAGCAGAGAGCGAGCUAGCAGCAGGAAGCUGAUGUUUUAUCCUUUUUUAGGGUGAAACACGGCGGAGUACAGACACACAGCCGCCGGGAGAGAUUACUCACCGUCCCCCUGUAAGCCCGGAGCCGCAGAAACCGACACGGAGAUCCCGGGCGGAGGAGGAAGUACUCAGAUCUUUUACUGCAGUAAAACUACUACUACUACUACUACUACCAGUCGGAAGAGGAAGUACUCAGAUCCUUCACUGCAGUAAAACUACUACUGCUAUUACCAGGUGGAGGAGGAAGUACUCGAACCUUUACUGCAGUAAAACUACUACUACUACUACCAGUUUGUGGCGGCGGCUGAGCGGAGCGCAGCGGGAUGAGUGGAGCUGCUCUGGGCAUCGAGAUCGUGGUGGUGUUUUUCCUGGCGCUGUUCCUGCUGCACCGAUAUGGAGACUUCAGGAAGCAGCAGCGCAUGGUGCUGUUCGGCACGCUGCUGGCCUGGUACCUGUGCUUCCUCAUCGUCUUCAUCUUACCUCUGGACGUCAGCACGACCAUCUACAAGCAGUGUAAGAUAGACCAUGAGGAGCACGCCUCUGUUCCCACCGCCAGCUCCAAUCACACGGCGGCUAACACGUCUGUCACACCCACCAAAAGUGUCCCGACGCCCUGCUACAAGCCGUGGAGCUACAUCCCUGACGGGAUCAUGCCCGUGUUCUGGAGGGUGGUGUACUGGACGUCCCAGUGUCUCACAUGGCUGCUGCUGCCCUUCAUGCAGUCCUACGCCCGCUCCGGAGGCUUCUCCAUCACGGGCAAAAUAAAAACGGCUCUGAUAGAGAACGCCAUUUAUUACGGGACCUACCUGCUCAUCUUCGGCUCCCUGCUCAUUUACGUGGCUGUUCAUCCUCAGUGGCACCUGUCCUGGUACGAGCUGCAGACCAUCGGGAUCACAGCAGCUAACACCUGGGGUCUGUUCCUGCUGGUGCUGCUGCUCGGCUACGGCUUGGUGGAGAUCCCUCGCUCCUACUGGAACGCCUCACGGCACGGACACCUGCUCAUCAAGACAUAUUUCAAGGCGUCCAAGCUGAUGACGGAGAAGGCGGACGCAGAGGAGAACCUGGAGGACGUCAUGGAGGAGGUGAGAAAAGUCAGUGAAUCCAUCAAGUAUAACCAUCCGCUGAGGAAGUACAUCGAUACCAUUCUGAGAAAAUGUCCCGUGGACUACCAGGAGAAGAUGGGCCGGAACAUGGACGACUACGAGGAUUUUGAUGACAAACAGAACACUUAUCCCAGCGAGAAGAGUCUGGUGAAGCUCCAUAAACAGGUGAUCUACGCGGUUCAGAGACACAACAGGACUCGUGUCCAGUGGCAGAUCCUUCUGCAGCAGGCCAUCCACCUGGAGGACGUGGCCAAGAAUGAGACCAGCUCAGCGCACCAGUUCGUCCACAGCUUCCCGUCCUCUGAGCCGGCCGGCUGGUUCAGCAGAUACGUGUACACGCCCACUGCUGAGUGGUACUGGGAGUGCUUCCUGAAGUGCUGGUUCUACCGGCUGCUGUCGGUGGUCCUGACCCUGUUCAGCGUGGCCGUGGUCUGGUCCGAGUGCACCUUCUUCAGCACCCGUCCCGUCCUCUCUCUGUUCGCCGUGUUCAUCCAGCUGGCCGAGAGAGACUACAACUACCUGUACAUCGAGAUGGCGUGCUUCGUCACCAUCUUCUUCCUGUGUACCUGCGUUUACUCCACUGUGUUCCGCAUUCGGGUCUUCAACUACUACUACCUGGCCUCCCAUCACCAGACUGACGCCUACAGCCUCCAGUUCAGCGGCAUGUUGUUCUGUCGUCUGACGCCUCCUCUGUGUCUCAACUUCCUGGGUUUGAUCCACAUGGACUCGGCCAUCUCUCACCAGCAGAAGGAGCAGACGGCCUACACCUCUAUCAUGGGGUCGAUGCGUGUCCUCUCUUUUAUCGCUAACGGCUUCUACAUCUACUACCCCAUGCUGAUAGUCAUCCUCUGUAUCGCCACCUACUUCAGUUUGGGGACUCGCUGUCUGAACCUUCUGGGCUUCCAGCAGUUUGUGGGCGACAGCGAGAUGACGUCGGACCUGAUCGACGAGGGCAAGGAGCUGAUCCGCCGAGAGAAAAGGAAGAGGCAGAGGAUUGAAGAUGGAGAGAACAGACGCAGAGAGUGGAAGGAGCGCUAUGGAAACCAGAGAGAAGACUACACGGCGAGGAACAGGGGCAGUCACGAGAUGAAGGAGACCAGUUACUCAGACACAGUGGCGGCCAGCAACAACAGACAGGCGAAAUAUUCUCGCUCUGGGAGUCGGUCGGAGAGAGACUGCAUCGAGCUGCUGCAGGACGCCGAACCGUUAGACUUCAACGCCGAGACUCUGACAGACGACCCUCUGGAGGCCGAGCCCGGCAGACAUGCAGGGGGACGAUAUCUGUCCAUGUCAUCGUCUCGGAGCCGAAUAUUCACGACGUCUGACGGCAAGAAUAAAUGUGAAGCGGAGCCAUAAAUAAAACUGAACAGGACCUCCAUCUCACAGCUCACUGGCUGCUUCAUCAUCUCCCACGAUGCAUGGUAAUUACAAACAGGUCACCCUUAUCCCGGAAGUCUUCUGGAAACAUCUCUGCAUCAGGUUUCACGUCCAGCUUGGCUGCAGGCGAAUCAAGGCACUUUUUGAAGGAAUAUUAAUGCUAUAAAAGUUACAUAACCUCUCCGAUAUGAAUGCAGACAGACACUGAAUGAGUUUGCGCUGCAUGUCAUGACGGCAUGAGUCUGCAGCGGCUGCAUGUCGACACGUCACUUUAACAGAAGCUUCAACGAAGGUCCAUCAAGUAGUUUAUUUAUACGUUGUAGAUUUAUUUAUCUGUCUGUUGAUGAAGCCGGUUUAGGAUAUCUGCGUCUGAUGGGCUGCUGGUUUAAUCAGAACUUGAUCUGAUUGUCUCGACUCAUUUAACCCUGAUCUCGUAAGAAAUCUUUAUUUGUAAUAAUCUGAAUCUUAAAAUCAACUGGAUGUAAUCACUACUGAAUAUUUAAUGUUGUGAAAAUAAGAAAAGGGUCUCAUUUAAAGUUUGAGUAUUUUACUUUGAAAGCUGUGAUUUUGCCUCUGGGAACAACGCACGAUACUCCUGGAGUCAGUCAUUAGUCCUGUUUCCAUUCACAUAUUUUCAUGCACAUUUUGCACAAUUAUCACAUUAGAAAAGCUGGAUCAAAACACGACCAUUUUAAUAAACCCUUUAACCGACUAGUGUUUCUGGUGCCGACUAUUGAGGGGAGCAACGUUUAAUAGACUAAUCCAAAGUCUCUUUAACACGUUUAAUAGACUAAUCCAAAGUCUCUUUAACAUGUUUAAUAGACUAAUCCAAAGUCUCUUUAACAUGUUUAAUAGACUAAUCCAAAGUCUCUUUAACACGUUUAAUAGACUAAUCCAAAGUCUCUUUAACACGUUUAAUAGACUAAUCCAAAGUCUCUUUAACACGUUUAAUAGACUAAUCCAAAGUCUCUUUAACAUGUUUAAUAGACUAAUCCAAAGUCUCUUUAACAUGUUUAAUAGACUAAUCCAAAGUCUCUUUAACAUGUUUAAUAGACUAAUCCAAAGUCUCUUUAACAUGUUUAAUAGACUAAUCCAAAGUCUCUUUAACAUGUUUAAUAGACUAAUCCAAAGUCUCUUUAACACGUUUAAUAGACUAAUCCAAAGUCUCUUUAACAUGUUUAAUAGACUAAUCCAAAGUCUCUUUAACAUGUUUAAUAGACUAAUCCAAAGUCUCUUUAACAUGUUUAAUAGACUAAUCCAAAGUCUCUUUAACACGUUUAAUAGACUAAUCCAAAGUCUCUUUAACAUGUUUAAUAGACUAAUCCAAAGUCUCUUUAACAAGUUUCUCUUUGUUCUUCCACUGGAGAUAAAAACACUAAGAUCACUUUGGGCUCAAAAUUCAAAUGCUUAAAACCCAAAAGGUAGCGCUGGAGAUGGAGCCUUAAAGGGUAACAUUACUUUACAUAAGAAACAGAUCUAUGUUAGGCCUAAAAAAUGAAAAUAAAGUUUGGUUCCUGUUGGUUGUCAGUUAAGGUCAUGGGUCGGUAAGGAAUUUAUUUUAUUUUUUUAUUUUUUCCCAGUGGCAGCAAGGGAUAGAUAGGAUAUUUAUUUAUUUAUUUUAAUUUUCCUUUACAGUUGCGAUGGAUACUCUAUUUUUUCAUAACCUAGCCUACCUGUACUACAUGUACAGUUGUCGCUUAGUAAAUUGAAAACCUAGUGAG